CCGUCCUCACCACCGUCCUCACCACUGCCCUCACCACCGCCCUCACCACCGUCCUCACCACCGCCCUCACCACCGCCCUCACCACCGCCCUCACCACCGCCCUCACCACCGCCCUCACCAGCGUCCUCACCACCGCCCUCACCACCGCCCGCGCGUCCUCCACCACCGUCCUCACCACCGCCCUCACCACCGCCCUCACCACCGCCCUCACCACCGCCCUCACCAGCGUCCUCACCACCGCCCGCACCACCGCCCUCACCACCGUCCUCACCACCGUCCUCACCACCGUCCUCACCACCGCCCUCACCACCGCCCUCACCACCAUCCUCACCACCG